CGGCGCUCAGGAGGAGGCGGGGCGACACGGCCCGCGGCGGCCAUGGCGGCCAGGCGGGUGCCCGUGCUGGUGACCGCAGCCUUCGGGGCACGACCUCCCGCCGCCCGGCCGGCACGGCCCCUCUGGGUCUCAGCAGGGCUCCGCCAGCCCCUCGGGGUCCCCCUCUGCUCCGCUUCGGAGGGAGAGAGCGGCGAUGUCGGGCCCCGCUCGCCAGACAGCCCGGCGGCAGCGGAGAGGUGCCCGGAGACCGGAGCGUUAACGGCGGCGGAGCGGCGGAUCGCGGACCUGCACGCAGCCGCCUGCGCGGCCAAGCAGCUGACCUACGUGGACCCGGCCACCGGCUACCUGGUGCUCACGCGACUCGCCCACUUGCAGAGGGGCCGGUGCUGCGGAUCCGCCUGCAGACACUGCCCAUAUGGUCAAGUCAACGUUCAAGAUCCAGCUAAAAAGAAGAAAUUCAAUUCCUGUUUCUAUGUUUGACAACAAUUUCAUCUCUGGUUGCCAUUCCGUUCAACCUUAUUUAAAAACACACACACAUCUCAAUUCAGAAUUGCUCUCUCUCUGAGUGCUUGAGCACUGAUUUAAUCAUAAGUGUAUGUGUGUGUAUAUGUAUAUAUAUUAAAAGAACAUCAAUAAAAUGAACAAAAGCGA